AGCUGCUAAAAUAGCGGAAAUAAGGAUGCUAAUCGCGAUGCUAGGAUGCUAAUGCUAUUAGUAACGACCAUUGGUAACGACUGGCAUUAGCUAGCUAACGUUGGUCUCUUAAAGUUAGCUAGUGUGACUAGCUAAUAUGACCCGGGCGCUUCAGGGUCAGACAGGUCCCGCAGUGACCGGGAAAGAUGCGUGGGUCCUCUGUUGAAGAUGUUGGACGGGCUGUUCAGGUGCCAUUGGUGGACAAACAUUUGGCUUUCUCUGGUAAAGAGUUCAGCCUCUGCUGCAGCGGCCUGUUAACCUCCUCUCUCCGCCAUCCUAACCGGGCUUGCCCAGGACUGAAAGAAAACUGACAGUAGCAGAGAUAAGGGGCUCCCACUGUCCGACACAUAGUGCUAGACUGACAGAAACAGGUUGUCUGCAGGGUGAGGGGAGAUGUGACUCAUGUCCAGCUCAUUUAUCUGCAAUCCAUGAUGGCCCCUGCUCUGACCACAAAUGCAGUGUAACCUCUGCUCCCUGCGGUGCGGCCAGAGCUCAGACUGCCAGUAAAAGCGAGGGGAUGCUUCAUGGCUCAACAAUUUGCUGGCUUCUAUCUCUCCUCUGGAUGGAGGUCUGAUCCACCUCCCCCUGUCUGAGAGGUCAGGAGCAAAGAGGAGGGCUCACUUGUCAAGAAUGCCUUAGAAGAGUUGUGAAAACAGCCAGCCCGAGAAGGGGAGUCAUGCAGUUGCGGAUGCAGCUCUCCCGCCGAGCCACAAGCCAGUCAGAUCAGUCCGGGAGAGAGGGUGUGUGAGAGCAAGACACGGGGAAAGUGUGCGAGAGUGUGUCAGGACCAGAGGCUCCAGAGGACGUCACGCACACCAGAGAGAGAGAGAGAGAGAGAGAAAGGGAAACGCGCUGUCACAGGAAGGCGUCUAUCCUCGCGCGCUGUGGCCUGUGGAAGAGUCAGCAGCCUCUGACAGAAGUGAGUAUUCCUGGGCGAGUGGAUGCAGUGAGAAGAUGAUGUGCAUUUAGUCAGCUGCGGUGGAUGUUUCUCAAGACUGACAGAGACACAAAUUUCCAGUCCUAAUUUGUUUUUUGAGGGAGGGGGGAAGGGGUUUCCAACUCCUCUACAAGGAAAACCCUUGUAAAAAGACAUUAAUCAAGACUGUGUGAAGUGUUUUUGCGUCACUAUGGAUCAGCCAGCCAGCAGCUGCAUGCGGAGCGCCCACCCCAGCAGCCCGAUCUGGGGUUGCAUGAGGAACCCUCACUCAGGGGUCCCGGGAGCCAAUCUGCAGUCGCCCUACCAGCAGGCCUCUUUCUCCCUCCACCAGAAGCCCGACUUCCUGGCCUACACAGACUUCUCCAGCUCCUGCCUGGUGCCCACUGCGCCGCACGCAGUCUACCCCCGCGACGACAGACUGUACCAAGAGAGCCAGGGGGCAUACCAGAGAGCUGACUGGCAGUUCAACCCCUGUGAGACACGGGUAAGAGCGCCCGAGGCCUGCCUGCCCGUCGUCGCCCCCGUAGCAGUAGGUGGAGGGCCUGAGCUGGACAGUGCGGCGGGAGACAGGCUUCCAGGGGCCGUGCCCGGGUGCCUGGAGGGAGAAUACUCGCCCCAGAGCGUGGCGUCGGCCGACUCAGACAAGAAGAGCUCCAAUAAGAGGAAGAGAGAUGUCACAGAUAUCCAGGAUUCCAGUUUUAAGGUGGACUCCAGCUGCAAGGCCCGGAAAGAGCGCACAGCGUUCACCAAGGAGCAGCUGAGAGAACUGGAAGCUGAGUUCACCCACCACAACUACCUGACCCGGCUCCGCCGCUACGAGAUCGCCGUCAACCUGGACCUCACAGAGAGACAGGUGAAAGUGUGGUUUCAGAACAGGAGGAUGAAGUGGAAGAGAGUGAAGGGAGGACAGUCGUCUUCGCCCAACGACCUGGAAAAUGACGACAUAGACUCGGCGGCCUCGCCCAGCUCUGAAUGAACAAAAGAAAAGCAGACGACACACAGAGACUGGGGGGGGGGGG